AGAAGUGUAAGCACAUCAUCUUUUUCUUUUCGUUCUCAUAUUUUUAUCCUUUAAAGCUUCACGAACACCAUUGAUCUUCCGCCACACCGUUCACCGCUGUUGGUAAGCAGCAACCUAUUUACUAUCGAUUCCGUGCCCACGGAGGCCUUCUGCGCAAUGCGCUCCAGCAACACCAACAGCGACAGAUAUCGGAUGUCCUCCGACAACACCGGGAGCGGCAGCAAUGCGGGCGUCCCUCCUCGCACUCAAACAACUACGAGGCCCGCCGUGCGCCGCGCCGCCGCCGCCUCAAGCCGUGUGGGCGGAGGCAGAGCAGCGGGUUCCUCCCAGUGCACGGAUGGCUCUUCAAGAACGAUGGGCACUCGUGCCGUCGGUGCUACUCAGAUCCCCAACACUGCAACCGGCGCAACUCCAUCACGCCGCGUCCCACCAACGUCCAACCGAGACGCGCUGCAAGCGGAAAUGGAUGCGCUGGCGGACGACUUCUACGGCGGCGUGGCCUCUGCCGCACCACAGCGAGCUGCCGUGGCGACAAUGGCGGGUGCGCCAGCCGACGACCCGUUUUACAAACCACCAACCAAGGGCGACGUCAGCGUGGCACAACUGCGAAGCCGAACGACGUGGUACGACGGCCCCACCGACACGGAGGGGCGCGCGUUUGACGCGAGUGAUAGAAAUUUGCUGUGCAUGGAUGUCUUUGUACCACCGGGUGGUGCGGGCGGUCGCCACGCGACGACGACAGCCGCACGCCGUGGCAUCUCUUCCUUAUCGUCCACCUCCGGCUCCGCCUCUCUCUGCGUGGUCGGGUCGGCCGAUCACGGGCUGAAGGUCUUCGAUCUUAACUCGAUGCGGGAGGUGAAGUCGCUUUACACGAAGACGUGCGGCCACACCGAAUGGGUGACGUCGUGCCGCUUCUUGUCGGACCGCCGCGUGCUCUCUGGUGGCAUGGACUCGAAGCUGUGUCUGUGGAGCGACGUGACGCGUGGUGGUCCGGCGCGGUGUUCUGACUUGCUCGGACACACCGGCAGCAUCAGCCAGGUGGAGGUGAACGAGAGUGGCGGCCGCGCGAUUGCGAUGAGUGCGAGCUACGACCGUACGAUCCGCCUCUGGGAGUUGAGCUCCAUGGGUGGUGGGCGUGAAAUCGGCUGCCUUGCUGGCCACAAAGGCCCCGUCACGCAGUUCAGCUGGUGUGCGAAGCAGGUGCUGUCCGGCGACCGUCAGGGGACGGUCAAGUUGUGGGAUGCCGAGACGGCGCAGUGCCACCUGACCGCUUCAUCAAAGCGGGGCCAAAUUGGUGCCCUCGGCCACCUGAUACAUCCAGAUGUGGGUCAUCUCGUCAUGUUUGGCGAUCAAAGUGGCGUGCUGACGGUGCUGGACACCCGCACACCGCCAAAGACAAAGCCGGCGUUCCAAGAAGAGCUGCACCCCGGCGGGAUGGUCACCUUCAUCCGUGCCCCCGCUGCCACUGUGGUGUCCGCACCCCUCAUUGUGACCUGCGGCGCCGACAAGCGUAUCGUCGCGCGGGAUGCGCGGCGCAACUACGCGGAGGUGUACGUCCUACGCGACCACGACGACUUCGUCUACUCGAUGGAGAUGAUCGGCAACUUGCUCCUGACGGGCGCCGGGAAUGGCCGUCUGCUAGUGCACAACGUGGAAACGGGCGAGCUACACUACGAGCUCGAUGCGAACGCCGCCGCCGUGCGCGAGAUCUUCGCUAGUCCUGACAAGUUGGUUGCCGCCGGCGAUGACGGCAAGGCGAAGGUGUUUGAUUUCAUGUAA